AUCGUACGCUCGACAUCCUCUGGUAGUUUGCUUUGUCACACUUGGCCCCUACAUGAGUACAGCUGUCAGUUAAUCGUAAUACUAAAUGUCCUCGUGCCCGCCGCGUGCGAUCUGACGCGCGUACGCCGAGGGCAUCGAUUCGGACCUGUAUCAUCCUCCGCCCCCUCCUCCUCAGAAGCAUUGCGCCAGGCAACCACACUGUCAGGUCUAACAGACGGGUCGGUCACGCGAAGGACACGUCAGCUUCAAUUAAACAUGGAUGGACCCAAAGCUCAAGCGAACAAAGCACCUUGCGGGCCCGCGGUCGUCUCGUUGCCAGACGACUCUGAUGUCGAGCUCAACCUGGUAUUGGACGGUCUCUUUGAACAUCUCGACCAAGUAGCAACGUUGCUUACGAAUGUCAUCGCGGCCUCUCCGAUGAGGAUGGGCAAGCUCAAGCAGCGUCGGGAAACCUUGCAUGAGCGGUUCUUGAAGCUUGAUAAAGCUAUUUCUAUGCUCAAGACUCUCCGAAAUCACUUCGUCCCGGCGAGUGCUCUGCCUUCCGAAAUCUGGCGCAGGAUCUUCCGCCUCGCGGUUGUCUCCCUGGACGAUGACGCGCUGAUGUCGGACUCGGACCCACCUGAAUCCGUAACAUUGCCGUUGUGUAUCCACGAAAGUAGCCGCACUGUUAUCACCACAGUCUGUCACUUUUGGCGUGACAUCUGCAUGACAAUACCGAGUCUGUGGAGUCAUAUCUCCGGACUUCCUACCAAGCUUCAGCAUGUCGUUCUCGAACGAUACCCCACUACACCCCUACGCAUCUAUCUCUGGCACAUGCUCUCUGAAAAUCUGCGGUUGCUUCAAUGCGCGCAGUCGUUGCGCCCGCGAUACACGGACCUCUGGUGGUACAACUGUGAUUACUCAGUCAUCUCUACACACGAGCAGCUCAACCUCCCUGCAAGAGACGUCAAUGUCCUAACACUGGCCUCGUACUCGCGCAUUCCAAUCCACCCGAAUUCAGGCUGCACGCUUUUUGGUAACGACACCCCCCACCUGCAGAGCGUGUCCCUAUUUGGUCUUGACUGGGUUCCUCUGAACCGCUUUGUCACAAUCACACAACUCCUGAUCCGCAAUUGCUCCUGGUCAAAUCCUUUCUCGACUAUCCUCGGUGUUCUCAGCGGAACCCCACAACUUGUGGAUCUCGUGAUCUCGGAGAUGACGGAUGGACAACCUGGGGAAGCCGCCGCAGAGAGCGAGGCGGCAGGCAAGAUUGUCCUGAAAGGCCUUCGACGGCUGGCGUUACGCGACAUCGGAGCUCAGGAUGUUGCUCAGCUGUUGUCCAGGCUCGAGCUCGGACCUCAGACCGUCAUCGUCAUGAACGAAUCGGACGUACUAGUAUCUGGUCACAUCGGCGUACUUCCCGAGGGUCUCUCACACUUUCCUCUGAUGAUGCCUACGCAGAUGCAACUCACCCUCUGCCACGGCGGCCAUUGCAUGGGUAGCCAGGAGCUGUCCUUUGUCGCCGUCAACCAGAAUGCCGGUGUCAUCUUGAGGGAAAGAAGAGUCGUACCUGUUGACAAAGGGUAUGACUUCCUCACCAGAAUCUUCCAACUCUCAUGUCUCCGAGAUCUUUGGUACCUGGAGACAUGCUACCACCUCCCUGGGAACACACCGUGGCCAUCGCGAGCAUGGUCAUCCAUAUUGCCGGAGUUAAUAGCAGUGGAGAAUCUGUGGAUAUUCGAUUCCAGCCUCCCUCACAUCCGCCACUCCCUCGACGACAUCGAUUGGCGCGCAGAGGCAACGCCCAUUUGUCCUCAGCUGGCGAGGAUAACCAUCCUUUUAUCCUGGAGGUCUGCGCCUGUCGACGAGGUCAUGGCGCACCUCAUCGCCAUACAAAAGCGACUGGGGUUCCGCUACCUCACAGUCGGCUAUCUCCCGCAGUACGCAGAGGCGACGCGCUGUCGGAGUGACGGAGAUCCCCACUUUGACUCGGUGGAAUACGUCCAUUUUGACACGAUGCCGCCGAUCGUGCCCCCAUGGCCUGAUUUGUCCCUGCUCCCCGACCUGCCCCGCGCGUGUUGGCCAUCAAUCCAGGAUGAGACGAGUCAAAUACCACCCUUUGUCAGGUUGUACUAGUUGAUCCGGAUUCCGCGAGCGAGUCAAAAGCCACUCGUGUACUAACCGCAACGCUCAUGAAGUGAGGCAUGACUUGGAUCAUCAUACAUCAAGGUCGAUGUUCUCGAUGUGACUCUUACAACCGCCGACAUCGCAGUCUUGAAUUAACUUUUCUUGUACCAUCGAG